UCCAUCCCAGCAACACCACUCCAAAUAUUUUUCUUCUUGUAUAUUUAAUUAGCUUAAAUAUUAUCUGUCUAAUCUAUGAAAGGCAAAAGACAGAACACCAACCUCUAAAAGCUCCAAAAUUUCAAAGAAAAGAUAUAUUUUUGAAAAUGGAAACACUCACCAUCAUAUAUCAUAAAUAGUAAUCUGACCCCAAAAAUUUAGUCGUUGCUAAAGAUACAGGGGUGACUUAAAAGUUAAAGCCUCCUAUAAGUAUCAUAAACCCCGUCCCUCUCUCUCUCCCUUCAAAUUUCUCUUCCAAAACAGUUUUUGUUUUGGUUUGGAAAUUUGAUUAAUCUCUUUUUUUUUUUUUGGAUACUUCAUCUUACAAAGCCAAAUGGUAGGGCAAUCAAGAAAAUGGAUGAUACUAGUAGCAACAACAUGGAUACAAGCAUUUACAGGGACAAAUUUUGAUUUCUCUUCUUAUUCCUCAACCUUAAAAUCUGUUCUUGGGAUUUCUCAGGUUCAACUGAACUACUUGGCUAUGGCUUCUGAUUUGGGAAAGGCUUUUGGUUGGUGUUCUGGUUUGUCUCUUAUUCAUUUUCCUUUAUGGGUUGUUUUGCUUAUGGCUGCUUUCAUGGGACUCUUUGGAUAUGGCCUUCAAUGGCUUGUCAUUGCCGGAAUAAUCUCUUUGCCCUAUUUUCUGGUAUUUCUGCUAUGCUUAAUUGCUGGAUGCAGCAUUUGCUGGUUCAACACAGUAUGCUAUGUUCUAUGCAUAAGAAACUUCACAGCCAACAGAGCAUUAGCAUUGUCACUCACCAUCAGUUUCAAUGGAGUUACUGCUGCCAUCUAUACUCUUAUUGCCAAUGCAAUAGACCCUGAUGCUAAUUCUAUUUAUCUCCUUUUAAAUGCAGUCCUCCCUCUGUUUGUGUCUGGUCUGGCACUAUUCCCUGUACUUAACCAACCACCUCCUCAGCAACUCCCCACUGAAGCCAACCGCCGUGACUCCUUCAUUUUUCUAAUCCUCAACAUUCUAGCCAUUAUCACUGGCCUAUAUCUUCUCCUCCUGAAUUCACUAUCCUCUGUUGCAUGGACAGCAGGUAUCCUUCUUGGAGGUGCUUUUCUUCUAUUAGCACUUCCCUUGUGCUUGCCUGGAAUUGUUUGUGCAAGGAACUGGGCUAGGCGUAUCAUUGACACAAGUUUCCACUCUGAUGAUUCGAGAUUCAAUCUGGUUGACACUGAUGAUCUAGAGCUUGUUAGAGAACUGAUUGAAAUUGAAAACAGUAAUGGCUCAAAUGAUAAUUCCUAUGGCAUGACAGAGAAACAGAAGUGCUUCAGUUGUUUUGAGAGGGUAAUCGAGAACGACAGGUUAACUAUGCUUGGUGAAGAGCACCCAGCCCGAGUGCUAGUGCGUAAAGUAGAUUUUUGGCUAUAUUAUUUUGCAUAUUUCUGUGGAGCAACCAUAGGGCUGGUUUAUAGUAAUAAUCUAGGACAGAUUGCACAAUCACUUGGAUACUAUUCGAAACUCAGUUCACUCAUCACCCUGUACUCUUCGUGCUCAUUCUUUGGUCGCUUGCUCUCGGCUGCUCCGGAUUUCCUGCGUGACAAGGUGUACUUUGCGAGGACUGGGUGGUUAGCAGUUGCUCUUGUGCCAACGCCAAUUGCUUUCUUUUUGCUGGUUGCAUCAGGCAGUGAGGCAGCGUUGCGUGCUUGCACAGCCAUGGUUGCACUAAGUUCUGGCUUUGUAUUUUCAGCAGCAGUGUCAGUAACAUCUGAGCUAUUUGGGCCAAAUAGUGCUGGAGUCAACCACAACAUCCUCAUCACCAACAUUCCCAUCGGGUCACUCCUCUAUGGUCUUCUUGCAGCUAUAGUGUAUGAUUCCAAUGCAGGAAGCACCAGCUUCCUGGAGACCCUGUUAGGGAAAGAAAUGGUAUGCAUGGGUAGGGAAUGCUACUUGAAGACCUUCAUAGCAUGGGGCUGCAUUUCAUUGGUAGGUCUAGUUUCAAGUUAUGUGCUUUUUCGGCGAACCAGACAUGCCUAUGACAAUUUCGAAAGGAGCCGGAAUUUGACUCAAUCCUCUUAACUGAGAAAUAUGCCGGGAUCUGAGUUCUUCCAAUUAGAAUUUCUAAAAGCUCAGAAGAAAGCACAAGUCACCUGGAUAACUUAUAAUUGGUGAAGUCCCCCAGCGUCGCGACAAAGAUCUAAGAUAGUAAAAUCAAAACACCUAUACACCUAGAAUGGGAGAGAUUAAGAGAGAGGGAUAGCUAUCCUUGUAGUAUACUGUAUGUGGAGUAAAGAAAAGUACUAAUACAGAUACUCUUUGAUUGAGAAAGAACAAACUCUAAGAACAUGCAAAUUAAAGGUGUGGAAAAAAAAAAAGGGAAGACACAAAUUUGAUACAGAUCAUGAAUAGAAAAUUCUUUCACUAUAUGUGAUUAUCAUUUUGCAGUGCUAA